CAGACACACCUAGCAUCCUUCACACCUAACAACACUCCCAGCAUAAAUAGGAUUCAUUCAACACAGACAUCAUGGUUGUUAACAUAAGCAACACAAGUCUGAUUCUCAACACAAGCACCACGCCCACAAAUCUCGCUGAAGUCUCGAAACUCAGAGGUGUGGCUUUGGGAUUCGAGCUGGUCACUUGCUUCGUCGGGGUUAUUGCAUGCUGCAUUGCUCACUAUUGCCUGAAGACAUGCGAAGUGAUUCAAAGCGGGAUGAAGAUUCAAUUGCAGAUAUUAUUCACCGCCGAUUUCGUAAUCUGCCUCUUCCUGCUGCCAGGUCAUGCAGCGAUUGAAUACCGAAUACUGAGCGAUGUGUACAAGACUGACAAGACGUCAGCAACAGUUUUUAUGUACCUGUACAUCGUGGCUACACAGUCUGAGCGUGUUACCGUUAUGUUAAUCGCUAUCUACAGGAUGAUGGCUGUGUGUUUCCCUCUCAAGUACAGGUACUGGUCUCAAAAGAAACUGGUGGUACUGGUAAAUUUAAUUGCCUGUUCGCCGGUAGUCCUGCUACGGAUAAUAAAUCACUUUACAAAGGAUGACUCAGGCAUUGAAGCAUUCGAUCCUAACAACUAUUUCAUUGAUAGACUUACGCAGUUUGGAUUCGUCUCGGCGCCAACGGUCAUUACACUGAUCGUCUACCUUGUCAUGGCUUUGUUCAUGCUCUUCAAAAAGGGAUCCAUUUCACCGCCUGACAGUUGCGAAAGAGCUAUAAGAAUCUUCAUUUUGACGAGCACUCUCUUUGAAGUUCCAGACAUCAUCAUUCACGCAGCGAAAGUUACUCUGAAAGAACCUGCCUAUAUUAUCAUCCACGUGAUAUACCGAAUUCACUUUGUCGUCGACCCCAUUCUCUUCGUGGGCCUCAAUGCAAGAUACCGCCAGAUGGUGUAUCAGUGCUGUUCAAGUAUCCCUGUGCAAGUAGCACUCACUGUCACUCAGGGCGAGGUCACACUCUAGAGCAAGUGCUAGAGAAGCGCCCAGAUGAGAGAAUGCAAGCCUGCUUUUUCCGGCGAUUUUUCCAGUUCAUAUGACUUACCCUAAUUUUGACUGCUCACCAAGAAAUUUUGGUUAAACCAAUUUGAUUCCAAAUCUAUUUAUAUGAUUUCCCAUCCUCUGUUACUAGAGUGUAUGCACCCCUUUCACUGGAAUUGGAAAUGUUAAAUUAGCCAUGAACACUUCCCUUUCCUGUUACGUGGUGUUCAUUAUACGUUUCCUUGUCUUCAAGUGACUUCUAAAUUUUAAUAACACACGGUUAUUGUAGAAGAACUAGGGUGAUAAUACAUUAAGAAAUAGGCAAACGUGCAACAAUGUCAGUUUCAUGAAGCAACUGGCACUCUAACUUUGUAAUGUUAAAAAUAAAAGAUACUAUGUAA